CUCUUGAUCCGCAACGAAGUUCUGUUUUCGUUACAUCGAGACGAUUUAAGCGCUCCGGAGAUACAGAGAGAAGAAAAGUAUGUUUGUAAACGCGUCCAAGAGGUCAGCCAAGACUCUCGAAUCUGCAGAGGCUGACGUUCGGGAGGAUGAAGAACAGGCUGUCAAAUUUCAAGAAAUUAUCGAUCUUCUUGUCGCCGCCGGGUACUUUAGAGCCAGGAUCAAGGGGCUCACCAGCUUCGACAAGGUAGUCGGAGGAAUGACUUGGUGCAUCGAGUCAUGCAACUUUGACGUUGAUGUGGAUCUGUUGUUCCAAGAAAAUCUGACAAUUGGGCAGAAAAUAGCUCUGACUGAAAAGAUAGUAGCGAUGUUGCCAAAAAUGAAUUGUCCACAUCGUAUAGAACCUCACCAAAUCCAGGGAUUGGACUGUAUUCACAUUUUUCCGAUAAUACAGUGGCUGGUUAAACGAUCGAUGGAAAUGCGAGAGGUGAUGGGAGACUUUGUCAGGUCUUACGCUGUCAGUCAAUUUGACAAAAAUUACACGUUCGCCAAAGACAGUGAAAUGGUUGCAAAAAAGGAGAGCAUGGCAUCUAAUUUAAAAACAGUCAAGCAAGUCUACAAGCCUCAGCGUUAUUUUAGAAGAAAGGAUCCUCCUCCGGACGAUGAGGUGGGAAGAGUGCAAAGCACGCUUUUGGAGUAUGGAUCAUCGUCGGUAGUAUCUCUGUCACCUUCUGAAGUCAUUGAAGAUUCACAGGCAGACGAUGCCACCUCAGGUGCAAAGAAAGUGCAAGAAGAAGAGAAACGCAUAGACGAGCUUAUGAAGAACAUGUCAGUCGCCGAUGACAAUGAGGGUCGGCUGAGUGCCAGUGCAGUUGGAACGAUUGUCGGAAUGCAGGCGCAGGAAAUCGUUCAAGCUGCAGAACAUUACGCAGCAUUGAGUGCUGACAUUGAGCUAAAUACAAUACAGGCAAACAGUGUGGAGGGUUCAUUCGGCGCGUUAGCUGCCCUUGAAAAACAGAAAGCAACUCUUGAGGAGAGAAAAUUAAAGCUGGAAAAAGAAAAGGAAAAUUUAUCCAGCAAAGUGUCGGAAGCCACCGAUAAACUGAGAGCUAUCGAAAUAAAAAAAGAUGAAGUAGAGGAAGAUUUCCGUAGGAUGGAAGAGUUGGAGACUGAAGAGAAUAAGAGCGUGUUGUUAAGACUGCAAGAGCUUCUCCUCAUUCACGAUAGUUUGAAGGAGCAAGAACACAAGUUCCGAGAACAGUGCAAGUCUGACUUGACUCAGCUCCAAAGUUUGGUACCGGAUAUCGAGGGCGCUGAGCCUGGGGAAUCACAGUGCGAUGUUUCCGAUUAUGAGGUUCAGAAGGAGAAGGUAAAUCAGCUGAGGCUUCAAGUUGCCAAAAAGAACAGAGCCAUAGCAUCGCUGACCAGGCAGCUAGACGACGUUCCUGGCAGAUCUGAAUUGACGCAAUACCAGAGACGGUUCUUGGAGCUUUAUAACCAAGUGUCUGCAAAGCAUAAGGAAACAAAGCAGUAUUACACUCUGUACAACACUCUGGAUGACACAAAAUUGUACCUAAGUAAGGAAUUGGGUCUGCUAAACUCUAUUCAGGACAAUUACAACAAAGCAAUGGCAUCGGCCAGUGGAAAGGAGCAGUUUUUGAAGCAAUUCGAAGCUAUUGUUUCUGGAAUAAAACAAAACAAAACAAAAGUCGAAAAAAGGUGUGCGGAAGAACGGGCCCGCAGAGAUUCUCUGAGUCAACAGUUGGUUACUUUGGUGGAACAGCAGCGAAAAUACGUAGCAGCAGUACGACAAUUAACCAUCGAAUGCCGCAAAAAUGAAGCAUUGUUGGCACAGCUUCGUGGGCCAUAGUUUUCAUCAGUGUGUAGUUGCAGCUAUUCUAUGUGUCGUUCAACUUUAUCGUAAUAUGAUACAUGAUGUAUAUAAUACACCGUAAUAGUUUACACCACAUAAGAUUAUUAUUGUUAUCGGUAGGUAGUGAGUGGUGAAUAUUGUAAUAUUAUAAUGGUACAGCCAAAGUAAAAUUGGUCGUAUUGAAUUCGUUGCAGCAGCAAUUGAACCGAGUACAGCCUGUAAAAGAUGUCACAAAAAUUUCUUCUUUACAACUUAAGCCUAAGUUCUAGGCUGACGC